CCCACCCCAUUAAAACCCCGCCCGUUGGCCCCACCGCGCAGGCGCGGAGGGGAAGCUUCUGGACGGGCGCGGUGCAUUCUGGGGAGGAACCGUUAGCAACAGAGCUACCGCCAAGAUGAUGCCCACGCCUGUUAUCUUGCUGAAGGAAGGCACAGACACUUCCCAGGGGGUCCCUCAGCUUGUGAGUAACAUCAAUGCCUGCCAAGUCAUCGCAGAGGCCGUCCGGACCACUCUCGGCCCUCGGGGCAUGGACAAGCUCAUUGUUGAUGACAGAGGCAAAGCAACCAUUUCUAAUGAUGGCGCCACCAUCCUGAAGCUUCUUGAUGUGAUACACCCUGCUGCAAAGACACUUGUGGACAUCGCCAAGUCACAGGAUGCGGAGGUUGGUGACGGCACCACUUCUGUUACGCUUCUAGCUGCUGAAUUCCUAAAGCAGAUCAAGCCCUAUGUGGAAGAAGGGCUGCACCCCCAGAUCAUCAUCCGUGCCUUCCGCACUGCAACCCAGCUGGCAGUGAAUAAGAUUAGGAAGAUUGCCGUUACGAUCAAGAAGACUGACCAAGAGGAGCUGCGGAGCCUGCUGGAGAAGUGUGCAAGCACAGCCUUGAGCUCGAAGCUGAUUUCCCACCAGAAGGAGUUCUUUGCCAAGAUGGUGGUGGAUGCCGUCAUGAUGCUGGACGAGUUGCUGCAGAUCAAAAUGAUUGGGAUCAAGAAGGUGCAGGGAGGAGCCCUGGAGGAUUCCCAACUGGUGGCAGGAGUUGCCUUCAAGAAGACCUUCUCUUACGCUGGCUUUGAGAUGCAGCCCAAGAAGUAUGAGUCCCCCAGGAUCGCUCUGCUCAACAUUGAGCUGGAGCUGAAGGCAGAGAAGGACAAUGCUGAAGUCAGAGUUCACACUGUGCAGGAUUACCAGGCCGUCGUGGACGCUGAGUGGAACAUCUUGUACGACAAGCUUGAUAAGCUCCACAAGUCAGGGGCCAAAGUCAUCCUCUCCAAGCUUCCGAUUGGCGACGUGGCUACCCAGUACUUUGCUGACCGGGACAUGUUCUGUGCCGGCCGAGUCCCUGAAGAAGAUCUCAAGAGGACCAUGAUGGCCUGCGGUGGAUCCAUUCAGACCAGUGUAAAUUCCCUGACCGAUGAAGUCCUUGGGCGUUGCGACCUCUUCGAGGAGACUCAGAUUGGAGGCGACAGGUACAACUUCUUCACAGGCUGCCCGAAGGCCAAGACCUGCACGAUAAUCCUGCGUGGAGGGGCGGAACAGUUCAUGGAGGAGACGGAGCGUUCUCUCCACGAUGCCAUCAUGAUUGUUAGGAGAGCAAUCAAGAAUGACUCUGUUGUCGCUGGUGGUGGAGCUAUAGAGAUGGAGAUCUCCAAGUACCUUCGAGACUAUUCCAGGACCAUUCCAGGCAAGCAGCAGCUGCUGAUUGGAGCCUACGCCAAAGCCCUGGAGAUCAUUCCGCGGCAGCUCUGCGACAACGCCGGUUUCGAUGCCACCAAUAUCCUCAACAAACUCCGAGCCAAGCACGCCCAGGGCGGCAAGUGGUACGGCGUGGAUGUGAACAACGAAGACAUCGCCGACAACUUUGUGGCCUGCGUGUGGGAGCCAGCGGUGGUGCGCAUCAACGCCUUGACAGCAGCGUCUGAGGCCGCCUGCCUUAUCGUGUCUGUGGACGAGACCAUCAAGAACCCCCGCUCCACGGUGGACGCCCCUCCUCCGGGCCGCGGCAGAGGGCGAGGCCGGCCCCAUAACCACUGAGGGGCAGGCGUCGCCAGCAGCGCAAGACACGGGGAGCCCCUCUCUUAACAAGACCCGGCCCCAGGACCCCUUAGAAAAAUGCUUUCGACAUUGGCAGUCCUCAAACAGCCUUCACACUGGGGGGAAGGGGGAGUGAGGCGCUCGCAGUAUUUCUGCUCUGCUCGCAGUGGGUCUCCUCCUUCCGUAGUCUAUGAAACGGGAGAAAACUCUGGGAAAUCCCAGACGGUGCGCCCUCCAACAUUCAGGUCCAGGCAUCCUUUGUGGUUCCAGACCUUUCUCCCCUCCUGGGUUUCCCCAUAUCCUUCAACUUCUACUCUCAAGGGGCC